AUGGGCCUUCAAGUUGAUCAAUCCCAGGUCGUUGCCACUGAUUUCUUUGAUUGGCCCAUUGUACGUGGCGUUCAGGAAAAUGGUUACCACACUGCAGUGUAUCUGGCCGAAUCUACUGUGAAUCAAUUGGUGGAGAAGAUCUCCCAAAAACAGAAUUUCAAUCGAGAUCAUUCAGUCAAUCUGUUUCAUCUCAAACCAAACGGCAUGAAAAUCAUGAUUGAUGAUGAUGUAGUCGAGCGGAUUCCAGACGGCCAGGCUAUGACCGCUGAAGUAUCGGACCUUGAGGUAUUAGACAAACUAGCUACCGAUAAUAGCUCCGUACCUGCAGCUGUCGAAGUUCGAUUGUCCUUCUAG